GAUGGCCUUCACGAGAAUGUUUUCCUUCCUAUCGCUAUGUGUGGUUAUCCUAAACCAACCUGAAAUCAACUCCGCAUCCCCGAGCGAUGACGACCAACGUCAUCCAGUAGGUCAGUGCUCUCUGUCUAGCAUAGCCAAAACUUAUGCAAAAAGUGGCCAUCUCGUGGUUCAUAAGGAAAGUUCGUUUGUCGCCUAUUGUCUAUGCGGAGAAACGUCGAACACUCCAAUCACGUGGACAGGAAAUGCUGUAGACAACGGACGUGGUAGUAGUCAAAAUGUCGCAUUUGGUAGAUCGAAAUACAAACUGCCGAACGUGUCUAAGAGCGACGAAGGACAUUUGUGUUGCGUUCAGGGCGAGCACUCGGCGUGUCUCUACUUGCUAGUCGUCGAUGCGCCCGUCGUCACACUGUCCGAUCGAAGUCACGUGACGUGCAAGAAUGAAACUUCAGGCAAAGCUACGAACGCUGUCUCUAUUCAGUGUAAUGUAUCAUCACACGUCGAGCAGGAUCUCAGUCAAGGUUUUAUGGAAGUAUACAUCAAUGACGUCGGGACGGUAAGCUACGAUCAAACGCCGUCAAACAGCACUUUCAAAGAUCAAUCGGGAAAUAGUGUGUACACUAAGGCAUUUGAGUUUCGAGAAGAAAUGCGUGAUGGUGACGUUUUGGAUUGCCGAUGGAUUCGCGAAGAUGGUAAAAUAGUAAAGUCGGAGGUUCAGCCGGUGGCAAAUUUUCCUACGUGUCCUGUGCCAACUGUCUUCUUCACGACAACUGGUGCUUCGACUGUUGGAUCAACGAACAGCACGACAGCAGCUAUGAGUAGCCAGAAUUAUGCUUUCAUCAUUAUCAUUAUUGUAUCGUUGAUUGCCACAAUUAUUUUAUUUGUGCUGCUUCUAUUGGCAUAUUGUUAUGUAAAAAAAGUUGAAAAUAAAGUAUUCAAGAUAACAGCAGGAUGGUUUCAACCGAUGAAUGAUUUACAAAGAACAAACCCAAACGAGAACCAUAGGGAAGAAGAGUCGACGACAGUGCAUUUACGUUUAUCAGAUGAUGAUGAAGGUCUUGAAAGGUCGACAAACGAUGCAACUACACAGACAUCAGGUCACUUGCCACUUUCAGACAGUUCUCCACUAGUAGGUAAUUGCCUAAACUCAAUUUGUGAGACAGAGACAGGUAGUCAACCUACUAGUGAAAUACUCAACGAGACUGAGAACAAUGUAAAUCCUGGAAGAAAUACAUCAAUUGACGACCUUGCAGACAAGUAUAAACCAGCAGCUAAUUGUACAGAUCCUCAGCCUCUCAGCACGAUAGAUUUUCAAAAGAGUGUACUAAGUGAACUAAAGACGAUUAGGCAACAGUCUGAAGAGCGACUAGCGAUGAAUGAUGAUAGGAACGAACGUGUUGCACCAGCAGCUCCAGAGGAACGCAUACAGACGGCCGCUUAUCCGAUGACCAAUCACGACAGACCUGAGCAGCCAGCAGAAGUGUCACUAUCUUCUUCUGCAAAUAAAAUGCCUACUGCAGCCCAGAUAGUUGCCAUUGCUUUAGAAGCAGACGUUCUUGUCAAGAAAGAGAAAUUGGUUGCUCUCCUAGAUUCUGACCUGUUUUCUACAGCGAUAAUCACAGUGAUGGAGAAAGAACACAGAACAGAAUUUCAGUGUACUCGAGCUAUGCUGGAGAUGUGGUGCAAUGAAGGACAGGCAACUUGCCGUACAAUGAUUGAAGCACUUUCAAAAUUGAAACUAACAAGAAUUGCGUGUAAAGUAUUUGGAAAACAAUUAGUAGAGAAUAUAUUACGUUAGGAAUCAAAACUACUAAAUGAUUACGUAGAGGCAAUAAUCCGUCCUUGGACUAAGUUUCAUGUUUGACACACAAAAUCCAGAAACUAUAGAAACUAUUUGCAAUAAAGUUUGGAACUCUGAAACUCUUUUGUGUGUUGUAGGUGUAGACUUAAAUAACUCAACACUCGAUAUACUAUCUGUAUCCAAAGCAUGCAAAAUUA